GAGGCCCUCCCGUGAUGAUCAAGUCUUCGGUGAGAGAUUAGUACCCUACUCUGAAGUAGCAAGUUGAUUUCAAUAUACAAUGGAGGUGAGAAGAGAUUUGGGUAUAUAAGACUUAAACGUCGCCGCCCUCGAAAUCGAUGAAGGGGGGAGCUCCAAACAAAAAAUAGAAACAACUAAGACUUCCUUUUCACCUAUACUUCCACGGCAUUAUCCUUCAAACCUCUUUGGCUUAAUCAUGGCAUCGAACACAUCCCGUAUCCCGUCAGAUGAGCCUUUCAUUAGGAUAAGAAUGUGUAUGCCAUAUGGAGAAGUCUUCUUAGGCUGCCCCUGGUGCUCCUCCAAAUGGAUCACAAGACCUGGGGACCUCAAAAAUCAUUUAUCCAGCGUACAUGAUGGUAUGUUGCGUGAGAAGGGUAUCCAUUUGACGCUGCAGACGAAUACAUCCACUCCUAUCAAUCCUCUGCCCGGAAAUCCCACAUCUUUUCAGCCUGGGAAUAUGGGCGCUAUUCCAAGUCACAACCCCAGCAAUCCGAUUCCCGUCCAUGGUUCUAGCCAGACUUCUCGGCUCUCAUCCCGGAAUCGACAAUCCGGUCCCACGCCUGCUCCGCCUUCGCUCCCGUCUUCGCGCCCGCCGUCCCGUGGUGUUCGGAAGCGAAGUCGACCUCCAAAAAGAGCUUUCCAGCCCAACAACCGCGCCACGUCCACUGUGAACGGAGGCAUUGCCCCGACUUUUAUGCCUCCGCCCCCUUCCAAUAAUCACCAGGGAAAUGCAUUUACACAGGACUUGUUUGACUUCGAUCAGUUCCUGUCAGAUUUCCACAUGGAACAUCUAGAAUAAAGGACACUUUCAGUUAGCCGUAGGCUUCCAUAGCUGGCUUAGAGUUCCUCACGGGGCAACGAAGCUGUUUCCCUACUUCUUGCUCCACCUCACGACAGUGGCUUCUCUGACGCUGGCCUGGCUAGCUACGAGUUGAGGGGUAUAUGGAUGUGUAUGGUCGACUCGGACGGCAUUUGACGGAUUGUGUUAUGGCUAGUAUAUGCAGGAUUUGAGGCUCGGUAUUAGAAAAGGGGGGGUUGAGAGGGGGGUUUCGGAU